AUGCUGGGCAAGGCAGCGCUCACCUUCGUUCUCCUUGCUGCGCAGAGCCUCGCCAAGGACGGCAGCUCUGGCGGCGGCAACAAGGACACUGCCAACUCGUACACCCUGUUGCUCAACGGCAAGUCGUACAACGGUGACUUUGACCUCAAGAACCUCGCCUGCACCGGAACCGUCAACGUGCGCGGGCUCAACAAUGGCUUCGACAUCGACUGUGCCACAAUGAGCGUCUACAACUACACGCUCACCGGCAGGGCGGACCCUAAUACUCAACGAAUGGUCACGUCGCCCACGCGCAUCUUCGCCUCGCGCGAGCUCUCCCUGACGGCCGCCCAGCUCGGCAAGCCCAGCGUCAGCAGGCUGCGCAUAAAGAACGGCGACCUCGUCAUGGAAUUUGGCGUCGCCGCCGGCAAGGUCAAGUUCCAGGCCAAGGACAAACCGGCCGGAGGCAUCAUGCAGACCGAGACCGAGAUCGGCGUCGCCAACGUCACGCACACGAUCAAGCUCGCGCCGGGGAUCUUCUACUUCCUUGACCCCAACCUGGGUAACGCUGUGCGGCUGGGCAAUGGCCUUCCUGCCGACUCGACACACAAGGUCCUCGUGGCCAAGGACUCCCCGCAAGGCGCAAACAGGAUCUACCAGGAUGGUUCUGUUUCUCAAUACAACGUGUGGAGCGGCGGCCGCAUGGGCGCCGUCUUUGGCGAGGACGCUCUCGAGCAGGCUCCUGGGGCGGGCAGCUGCACGUCCUCGUGCCAGGCACAGAACCAGAUCAAGGGCUCGCUGCCCGUGACCGAGCUGCCGGAUACUGUUGUGCCUAUCGGCGCUGGCGGUGAUGACUAG